AUGGGCGUCACAUUUGGUGAUCAUCAGCUUGAGCAGCUUUAUCAGCAGUCACUGCUGGUGCACACACGUGCGCACCUGCUCCAUGUGCAGUGCAUUUGGGCUGCCUACUUUCUGCUAAUGGCGCUGGUCCAUCUGCUGCACCUCGACCUCAUGCUCAUUAUCAGUGCGGUCAGCGCAACGCUCUGCCUCAUUCUGCAGGCCCUACUGCUCGUCAAGCGUUCGCUGAUCCGUUAUUUGCUGUACGGUACGGUGCAGCUGCUUGCACUCAGUGCGGUCACUCUCAUGCCAACAGCACAUUCCGCCAUCCUUCCGGUUGCGCUGAUCAUUUUCACGAUUUACGCCCUGAUACCAAUGAAGAUUGUUUGCUCAGCAGUUCUCUGUGCAUGCCUCACAGUGCUGCAACUUGCCGCACUCGUUUUCUUCACUCCAAAUUCAUUCACUGUCACACAGGUAUCAUUUCUUUUUUAA